AUGCUUCUCAGCUCAAUUCUCGCUAUAGGGUCACUCGCAGCCGCAACUGCUGCGAGCGUCACGCCCCGUGACGGCAACAUCUGCACUCAGUCGGCCAUCCGUAAGGAGUGGCGUGAGCUCACUGAUGGCGAGAAGGCCGAGUACCUCCGCGCCGCAGUCUGUGUCCGCGGGCUUCCCAAGUCCAAGUACGCCGCCGUCGACGCCGUCACCACGCGCAUGGACGACUUGGUGUACACUCACUUCCGCCUCAGCUCCCAAAUUCACUUUGUCGCCAACUUCCUUCCCUGGCACCGCUGGUUCGUGCAACUGCACGAGAACCUGCUGCGUGACGAGUGCGGCUUCACCGGUGUCCACCCGUACUGGGACUGGACCAUAGACGCUGAUGCCAAGAACAUGCCGCAGUCGCCCCUGUUCGACCCGGUCACUGGCUUCGGCGGCAACGGCCAGUUCACGGGAAGCAAGGAACCAGGCUUCCAGCGGUGCGUGGUGGAUGGGCCUUUCGCAAACACGAACCUAACACUGGCAAUGGGAUGGCCCAACAUGACCGAGCAAGGAAACCGCCUGCACUGCCUCACGCGGGAGUUCAACAGCGGCGAUCAAUUUGACGAGAAUGGAAACAGCCUCGUUGGCGACAUGCAGAUGGCAGCUUACGACUCCAAGGUCAUGACCGCAAUUUACGCCUUUGACAAGUUCCCUGACAUGGUCAAUAUGCUCGAGGGUCUUCCUCAUGCACAGAUCCACAGCUCCAUCUUUGGUGACAUGGGCCCCGCCACCUCGCCCAACGAGCCUCUCUUCUUUCUCCAUCAUGGCAACGUCGACCGAGUGUGGGCCAAGUGGCAAGGCCGCAAUGAGACCCGCCUGGCGGAUUACACUGGCUUUCGGGACGUUAACAAGACCAUUCCGGCCUCGAUCACAGACACCAUGCCUGUGAUGGAACUCGUUGACACCGAACCUGUUGUCAAGGAUUACAUGGAUAUCCAAGGUGGACCUCUGUGCUAUACCUACUCAUCUAUGUAG